AUGGGGCGAGCACCAUGCUGUGACAAAGACAACGUAAAGAAAGGGCCAUGGUCGCCUGAAGAAGAUGAGAAGCUCAAGGCUUAUAUCCAACUUCAUGGGACUGGUGGCAAUUGGAUUGCUCUUCCCAACAAAAUAGGGUUGAAGCGGUGCGGGAAGAGUUGCAGGCUCCGAUGGCUCAAUUACUUGAGACCGAAUAUCAAACAUGGUGGAUUCUCUGAAGAAGAAGACGAUAUCAUUUGUAAACUCUUCGUAAGCAUUGGUAGCAGGUGGUCAAUAAUUGCAGCUCAGUUACCGGGAAGAACAGACAACGACAUAAAGAACUACUGGAACACAAGGUUGAAGAAGAAACUGCUCGGAACUCCCAAACGUGUCAGCUCGAGAAAGACUGCACAGACAGUGACAAGCUCCGUCAUGGAAAGGCUCCAGCUUCAAAAGCAGCUUCAAGGCUUUCAAACCGCCUUCUCUUUCGACAGCACCUCCACGCUCUGGCCUCCGGUGUCGGCCGAUGGGAGCCUUGUCAAUGGUGAGUGCAAUCUGGAAGGGUGCACGGGGAAGAGUCCGGUCGGUUCGAGCUCGGCCGCGAAGGAAAUGAAUGAUUGUCAAGAGAGUUUGUUUUGGUGGUGUAAUGAUUUUGAUGCAAAUUCUGCAGCUGCUUCAAACCUUUGGGAGACUACUUCAGCUCUUCAAUCCGAUGGGAUUCUUCAGGAUUUUGAAGUUCUUGGUUACACUCUUUAG